CCGGUCACCUGAAAGUGGAAUUUUUAGAAAAAGUUCCAAAACAAACUGAUAUUUCGACCCAAAUUUCAAUUUUUUAUUGUUUCUUCUUGAUAAGAAUUGGUGUGCUACUAAAGCAAGGCGAGGUCAUACGGUUGGCAUUGUGAUUUAUGUUAUAUUGGUGAAAAUAAGAGCGUUAACUGAGUAUGAAACAGAGCCACUCCUCAAGGAAUGGGUGAAUUUAAGUAUGUGCGGCGAUAGAGCAGGUUACUCGAGGCUUAUCAGGCGACACAGAAUGGCACGACACGAGAAGGAGGUAAUCAGGGAAUUGACGCAUCUUAUCCAUACGAAGGGCAACUCUAUAUUAAGUGGUACCUGCAAACUUUCCCUGACAUCGGUAUCUCUCAGCAUCCUCAAUGAGCGCUUCAAACAACUGCCAGAGUAUGAUGGAAGUUCAAACAGCCAGAACACAGCCAGGACAGGCAUGGCAGAUUCCAUGGAAGAUAUCAAGUACUUGUUUGAUUUCUUGCAAAAGAUUACGUCACUCAAGGUGAUACAUGGCAGCAGUACAAUCCAAGGCCAGGUUCGUCUCCACCAGUUCAAAAAUCUGCAAUGUCUGGAGGUCAAGAAGGUCCCUGUGCAUCUCCUGGAAGGUCUCCAUCAUCUCCGGGCGACUUUACGGACUUUAAUCACAUCAAGAUGUCUGCAGAAUCUACAGGACUUGUUCGAGAGUUGCGGUGGUGAUAUGUCCUCGGCGCAGUCAUGGCCUCUACUCAAGACAGUGUGUCUGAGUAGCAAUAACUUGGAGGUGCUGGAUGGGUCGCUGCGAUUGGUACCAUCUCUUCAGGUUCUUGAUUUAAGUUUUAAUCAGAUGACAGCGACGGAUGAAUACUUAGAGUAUCCAACAGAACUGCUCCAUGUCAACCUUGCCUUUAACCGCCUCGAAGCGAUCCCGACAUUUGCACUUCGAGUGCAGCAUCAACUUCAGACACUUAUACUCAGGAAUAACAACUUAGACAAUAUCAACGGGAUCGAGGUGUUGGGUGAACUUCAUGAGCUGGACAUCUCCCACAACUGCUUCAGUGAUCAUGAUAAGCUGCACCUGCUGUGUUAUUUGCACAAAUUAAAAAAUUUGAAUCUCAGCGGUAACCCCCUGUGUUACCACACCCACCACAGACGACUUGCAGUGCAGUUUCUCUCUCCAAUAGCUGCACAGGAGGUAACGAAACAAAAUUCACAGAUAUUGGUGGAUGGAAAACCUGUCUCUUCCGUAGAGGCCCUGUACAUUCCAAAAAAUCCUGUCCACUACCGCAAGGGCUCACUUGUCCCAUCAGCAUUCGCCGACAUUCACUCCCGGGUGAACAGACAGCUGAGAAGCAGUGCGAGGAACUCGCCGAACAUCCAAGAAGAGUCUGAAGGGGAGACCUCGACGUCAGUGUCAAGUCGAGGCAAGAAGAGUAAAAAGAAAGCUCGAAGGGCUGUCAUUUCGGACUUCGAAUCUAGUACUGAUUAUUCUUCAAGAGAGACUUCCAGAGCGACAACUCCCAGGUCACCGUACAGUGAACCUCAGUCAGACGCUAGCAGUAUCAAGAACGGGUCAGACGGAGCUCUAACCCGGGAGGAGAUAGCGACAACAAGGAAGCAACUGGGACCAGGUUGGUUGGUGUCUUUAACAGCAAGGCAGGACCAUUAUCAAGAACAAAAACAAGAGAACAGUUUUGAAGGACCUGUCCAAAACGGCAAAACCCACGAUGAUUAUUUCCUAAAUGAUGACAUGACUACCCCAACUCUACCUCAGACGGACGAAGACGACGGCAUUGUUGUAAUUCUGCCAAACGAGGGCGUGCAUGCAGUGCCGGAGAAGAAUGACGUGGAUGCAGUGCCAUCUGGGCUACGGAUGCAGAGGUCAACAUCGUCUGGGAUGGCAUGGGACGAUGGAGGGGAGGAGGCAGAAGAGGAACCCACUGAGGGGGAGCCGUUUAUCAUCAAUCUGAAUGACGAAGAGAACACGCAGAUCAUCGUGAUCCUGGGCGAUCGCUUCUUGUGGGAGAAAGGUAUCACUGGAGAUGUCUUGGAGAAGUUAGACCUGAAGCUGCUACUGACGAUAGAGAAAUGUGAAACUAAUGGCAGUGACUUUGCCGUCAAGUUGACUUUCGAGUACCUACGUCGGGAUCGCCAGGGACGGUUGUACCUCCUCGAGAAUGAGGAACAGCAGGCCUUAUUCUGCCAGCAUCUGGAUGGACACUUGGAGGCCAAACAGGAGGCGAAUAAGCAUAAGGACAUGCUGCAUUGUUUGAAGUGUGAGGCACAGUUCCACAAAUCGCUGAGCAUCAUGGGAACAGAUGAAUUUGAAUUCCACGAGGAUGGGAAAGUGAAGGAUUCUGGUUACAAAUGUCCUCAAUGUCAGAGUACGAUGGUGGUCGAGUUGGAUGCAAAGCAGGUUGCGCAAUCACGUGGCGUCGGCAUGGAAACACCGGUUGGGUCGUUGAAGUCAUUGGAUGCAAAACUACCGCUGGCUGCAUCAUCUAAUCAUACGUCGCCCGUCAAAAUAGGACAGGACAUCACAGACGACAGCAGGGAUACAGACAGUUUCAAAUCCUGUGCUGGCACUUAUUCGUCAUUCAAGUCUGUUGGCGACACAACCCCCUCCUUGCCGAGCCCUAAAACGGACACGGACACUGAUACUUCGACACCUAAGUAUGUCACAGCCGACUCAAGCCUUGACGGUCGCAGCCCUAAUUUUUCAAAUUCCCUGCAGGAGGCAGCAGGUCGCGUUGUAAACAGUGUGCAAUAUGUCAAUAAAUCAGAUAGUAAACAAACUUUACCGAGGAAUAAGGCGGUACCGACGAGUUUAACAUUGACAAAGUCAGAUUCUGAAAUUGGGAGUUCGCCGAGGCAGAUUGGUCCAGGGCAUGGGUCCAGUUAUUGUCGUAACAGGAUCGAUUCGGAGGAGAGUGACAUAACUGUGAUUAGCAACCCAAGUCAGAGUAGUAUUGCGGUUUUGACGAACCCCAGCCAAAAUCUAGACAUCAAUGGGACGUUGACCGAGCCUUACAACAGUGGGAUACAGAAAGCGAUGACAAUGUCGCCGGUCUCCGGUCGCAGUCUGAGUAUGGACGCAGGGGCAGACUUGAUGAAGAACUUUGGCGAUGAACGGAAGGCGGAUAAAUCAGGGGAUGAAAUUGAUGGUGAUGUUCGGACGCCACACGGUUCGCUGACGACGAGAGCAGUCUCGAGCAUGAUCGAUUCCGUGUACGAGUUCAGUAAACGGUCUACUCCCGAUGCCGUUUCAAAUCGCAGUGGUCAGGCAUCGGAUAAUGUCUCGCGGACAUCAGGUGAUGAAAAUACAUAUGGUGCUGCUCUUCCCUCUGGUUUUCCUCGUGACUACAUGUCUAUAAAUAGCAAUCAUAACCCAGCAAGUCUAGACGGUUCCUCGUUCACGAGUUACAUCGCGGGGGAUUCAACAGAUUCAAGCCUAACAAAACAGGUUGCCGCGGGAACGAUUGUUUACAACUACGAGGACUACUCGCAGAUUGACCAUCGUCUGAAACUAUGGCUGACCAUGAACCUGUUUGAGGAUAAUGAGGAGUGUCAUGCAUUAUUGAGGUGUGGUGUUGUACAGUAUGCGAUUUCUGAUGAAUACCCAGCACUACUAGUCACCACGGAUAAGACAAUUUAUAUCAUCAAGAUAAUCGGGCCAGAAAAAGACGACCCCGCCAACUGGUUGAAGUGUACAGAGCAGCAGCCCAUCACGGAGCUCCAAUAUGUCGAUAUAGGAUACAACUACCAGUGCUUUAGGUUAGAGUUCAGCACUGACUUCUCCAGCUACACUUGUGUUGUUCGGGAUGAAAAGAGAUGCAAGCUGUUCAUCGCCACAUUCACUGGUGUGAUUCAGUCCGGCUCCCUCAGCACGCACAGCAAGCUCGAAGGAAUCACCAAAAACUUUGCGGAAACACUGGAAAAUCUCCGUGAGGAAGUUUUCCUGGUAUCGGAACCCGAGGACAGUUUCUUAGAAGAUGACCUGGAGGUCCGACAGUUUGUAGCUGGAUACCUUCAUGAAGAUGAAACAAAGGCGGAAAAAUCUAAAACGGAUUCGGCCGAGCCUUCUUCGAAACCAGUCACCAUCGUAACAACAAAAGCUCUCAUCUGCCUAGCCAAUCAGAAUUACCAAUGGCCAUUGCCGAGGUUGCAGGGACCGCUGAGUGAGGAUGUGAAAAAGACAGAGUUCUCUUUGAUCGACAAGAAGCAUGUGAAUGAAAUAGCACAAGUAAACAUGUACCUCGACAACCCAAACCUGCUGACCAUCGAAUUCUUCGAAGACGACAGCGACACAGCCGAGCUCUGUUGUUGGGAGGUUACCAUGGAAACUAAAGAGUCACUCGACUGUUUGGUGGAAUCCAUUAAAGAGCCGUGGGAGGAGGCAUUCAGUGUGCCAUUAACGAUUGUUCAGUUGACUUGCACCAUGUCCCCAGAAAGCUGACACAUUUGACUGGCAUGUCUGUCGAUCAGUUUGAUGUACACCCUGUACUUUGUAGGGGAGGAGUGGGUUGGUGGCAUCUCCGGGGGAGAUCUGAAAACUUGGGUAACAUGAUUUGCAGUUGUAGAAUUGAAGAGAAAAAAUAGUUAGUGUCGAAAGAUUCCUGUCACAGGCGUAAAAAGUGCUGAUACACUAAUUCUGCCUUUAAUAACCUUUGACAUAUUCGACAUAUGUUCGGAGGUUUGGUGCUAAUUUUUUGUGAUAUGAUAAUGAUGAACAACAGAGAAGAAAAACCUUUCAUGCCAUUAUUCCAGGUUGGUGAUGUUGCUAGUUUUGGGAGUGAUGAUGCUGGGAAGGCAGUCUAUCAUCCCAAAUUUGUGUAUAUGUUUAUAGAGGGACACUGUUCAUAAUUACUUGUGGUCAAGGAAAAUAGAAUAGGCAGUUAUACAUAAUACCUGUUGGUUGUUUUUCUUACGUAAAAGGUUCGUGACUCGCUGUGUCUCUUUGCAGAUUUGGUUGGACACUAUGCCAUUCCACCACUCGUUGCAAUCAGUCACACGAUCAAAUUAUAUUGUUAAAAGCAAUGAUGAGGCACAUUUGCCUCUGCCUCAUUAUGCCAUCAUUGUAAUUAGGCGUGACUCUUCAUUCCUCAUAAUGUAUAAAAUAAGAGUUUCAAAUAAAUUU